GUAACUACUUCACUGCCUCCAAAUAAAUAUCGCAAGCACCCUCAGUAACAAAUCAACAACCCAAAGGAACAAACAAACUUCCCUUGCUGUGAAAUCUAUCUUUUUUUUUUUCUUUCUCAUUUUCUCCGUUUUUGUUUUUGUCUUGUCCUGUUCGAUGUUUCCUUCCCUCUCUCUCUUACCUUGCUUCUAUGUCACACUACUACUAGCACACUAAAAUAUAUUUUUUUUAACGUCAAAAAACAAUCAUUCUGAAACCUUUUAUUUUUAUUUAGAUUUAAACCAUAGCAACAACAACAAUAUUAUUAUUAUGGGUAUACUACAUGAUGAUGUAGUGAUUAUGAGACAACCUGAGAAAGAAGGUGAUGCUACCAUCAUAACUGUGAAUUGUCCCGACAAAACUGGUCUUGGCAGUGAUUUGUGUCGCAUAUUACUCUUCUUUCGUCUUACCAUUCUUCGAGGAGAUGUGUCUACUGAUGGUAAAUGGUGCUACAUAGUUUUUUGGGUGAUGGGGAAGGAAAAUACGAGGUGGAGUUUGUUGAAGAUGAGAUUAAUUGGGGCUUGUCCUUCUUGUUCUUCUGCUUCUGGAAUGUAUUAUUACUGUUCUGAUUUGCAGCCUCCAAGGCCUUCUGAUGUUUUUCUUUUGACAUUCUGUUGCAAUGAUCGUACAGGUCUUUUACAUGAUGUCACAACGGUUCUUUGUGAGCUAGAGCUCACUAUAAAGAAAGUGAAAGUCUCUACUACACCUGAUGGAAAAGUGGUGGAUCUGUUUUUCAUCACAGAUACAAGGGAACUUUUACAUACACAGACGAGAAGGGAUGACACAAUUGAGAAAUUAACAGCUAUUUUGGGGGAUGGCUGCACUACCAUUGACAUUGAAUUGGUUGGCUCAGAAAGGAUUGCUUUUUCUCAAGCAUCUUUAUCUCUUCCAAAUGCAAUCACAGAUGUCUUUGAUUUGGAAAGUGGGACUUCUACAUCAGAUUCUGUUUCUGUUGUGAUCGAUAACACAUUGAGUCCUGCUCACACUCUUGUCCAAAUUAUGUGCCAACAUCACAAAGGUCUUCUUUAUGACAUCAUGAGAACUUUGAAGGACUUCAAUAUUCAGAUAUCUUAUGGGAGAUUCUCAACAAAAGAUAGAGGAAAAUGUGAGAUUGACUUGUUCAUCAUGCAAGUUGAUGGAAAAAAGAUUGUUGAUCCGAGCAAGCAAGAGUCUUUGUCAUCACGUCUCAAGACAGAACUACUUCGUCCACUCAAAGUAGCUGUUAUGAGCAGGGGCCCUGAUACAGAGCUGCUGGUUGCAAACCCUGUGGAAUUGUCUGGCAAAGGAAGGCCCCUUGUUUUUCAUGAUAUCACUCUUGCUCUCAAAAUGCUUGGACUUUGCAUUUUUUCGGCUGAAGUUGGAAGGUAUGUGAUUGGAAACCGUGAAUGCGAAGUAUAUAGAAUCUUGCUUGAUGAAGGGGAGGGUUUAUCUUUUCCAAGCAACAAGAUUGAGAAAGGGGUUUGGAAAAUGUUGAUGGGUUGGGAGUGAUUCAUAUAUGGUUGUUGGCAAUGUUCCUUUUAGAUUAACAUAUCUUUGUACAUAUAACACGGUUAUUAUUAUAGUUCCUAGAUUUAACUUGAUAGAUCUAAUUGACAGAUAUUGUUAAAAUAGUCAUCUUUACCACUUAUA